AAGACUUAUCUCAACACAGAAAGAGCGAUGCAAAAUAACGCGAGGGUGAAAACAGAUUAUUUGUUUCUCAAUCAAUCAGCACUUGCUGGCACUUACCUAUAUAGUUCUAGAAAUUCAUCCUAAUUUAGCUAAGGACAGUGUUGGGCUUGGAGGGAGAUCAUAGAAG